GGACGAUUAGAAAGAGACAGAGCUCAUUCAGUAUAGCGUGAGGUGCAGAAUUAAAGCCUUUAGUCACUCGCUAACUGUCCUGUUAAAAAGGAGACGAGGCCGUUCACUUCCAGCAUAUUUUUACCAUGCCGCAAGGUGCAGAAUUGACCCUCGCAUCUAACCUGAUCCGGGGCAGAAGGGAGCGGCUGACGCGCGUACGCGGUUCAGGCGAUUGUAUACAGAUAGUACAAAGUACUACGAAGUGAUGACGAGAUGUGAUUGGAGCAACAACAAAAGAACUGCAAUUUCAGUUGUACCGCAGCGCACGGUGACAAUACCUCGCGCAACUCCGUCUCCGGGUGCGAGCUUGCCGUGCUCUUCCUAACCUCAACGCGACAACAAUUCGUCGUGCGGAGGUGGGCAGAGAAAAGGGAGAAAGCGUCCGAGACACUCGCGGUUGCGAGUUCACGAGGGGCAGCGUCAUCGAGGGCAACUGACAGGAUAUGUCGGCCGAUACGCAGGAUAUGCCGAGCAACGUGGACAGCGGGGAUCAGGAGGAAUACGAGGGUCGCGUCGUCACGGACUCGGUCCACGAGAGAUUUCGGCAAAAGCGCGUCUACUGCGACGGCUGCGGUCGCGACAUUCCGGGGAACGAGGCUGCCAUCAGGAUGCACUUUGACGACUCGCAUCCCUCGGACCGGCAUUGCUGCUAUUGCAAAGGCAGGGUGUUCGUGUAUCGUAAAAUCACGGCGGUGGACGGCGGGGAAUCGUCGGAGAGCUUCGUGUAUCACAAGUGCAAGCGCAGUAAACAGCUCGAGGCGAAUGCGCCGAAAUAACCCGCGU